GUGAAACUGAUUUCUGCCCCGGCGAAUUCGGUCAAAGUCUCGCAUACGCCCGGGCGAGUCUUACUAAGUUCAGACCAUCACCCGAACCGGUCAGGACAUCCACGUCCCGGCCGGGUCGGCCAGCCAAAUGCACCCAUGGAUAGCAGACCUAGGCACAUCGUCAUCAUCGGUGGCGGCGUGAUCGGAUGCACCACUGCGUACUUCUUGACACGCCACAAGAAGUACGACCCGGCGAUCCACAAGAUCACCAUCAUAGAAGCUGCCGGUAUCGCGUCCAGCGCUUCGGGAAAGGCCGGUGGUCUCCUUGGUUUAUGGGCCAACAGGGCCGUAGAAACCGUGCCUCUGUCAUUCAGGCUUCAUGAAGAACUUGCCAACGAGCAUGAUGGCGAGAAGAGGUGGGGUUACCGCAAGCUGAAAGGUUGUGGUACCAUCGACACAAAGCUGAAGGUCGAUGACUUGCCUGACAAGGAGAGAGCCGCAUUCCCAAAGUCUUCAGCUAAGAAGACGGGUGCAAAAAGGCAGAAGCUCAACCACGAUUCCCGAACCCCGCCACAAACUCCUUGUAAAUCACCACAGAUGCCCACUCUUGCACUAUCGGCAUCUGAGAAACCGCCCCUAACACAUCCAGGUGCUCUGGGAGAAACACCACAAGGAACAAAUCCUAACCAGGCUGCGGAGACCCAGUUAGCGUCACCAGUAGAACAGGUCCUGGAGCUACCUCGCCUGCCGAAGGAUUCAUCAGAACCGCAGAGUGAACAUCGAGACCCCGCGCUAAAUAAUAAACCAACUGAAGACAAUUGCACUCAGCUCCAGAGAGAACUUGCUGCUUGUUUCACAGGAAGCUCAACCAGGUGGAAAUCCCACUCCAUCUUGCCCAAUGGAGACUACUUCAUUGGUGACACUUCUAUUCCAUCAAACAAAAUCAGCGAGGGUCAUUUUCCAAAACAAUCCUUGGAGAGCCAGACCGGUCGACUUGAAGACAAGGCCAUGAAUUUGAAUGUUACUCCUCUAGCGAGCACUUCUUCAGAAGCCCAAGUCGGUCUCCGUGGCGAUGCCUUAGCCGAAAGACACGAAGUACCAGACAAUUGUCUCAAGCCCAAAACAGAAGACAAGUAUAAAACUGUACUGGAUAAAAUCAGUGAUAAGCUUCCGAUUGCCAGCCCUGCAACGACUCGUGAGCUAAGGUCAACGCGGUCGAUGAGCUCCAAGCAAAACGGAGCUUCUCUUCAGGGUAGUGAUACCACUCCAGCAACCAAAACUGCCAUCCCCAAUGGCAAUGCUAAUUCUCUGAGGCGAUCAGCGAGGCAAAGACCAGGAACUGAUAAGCCCUUAAUCAGAAGCGGAGGCGCCACUAACAACAUGCCACCCAAAAUCGCGAAUACCACCUCGACUGUCGAAUCAGUCAAGCAAGCUGCUCCUGUCAAGCGGCGGGGUAAAGGAGGUCGCAAGGAUCGCACAGGGAAGUUCCCCAACAGCUGUGUGUUCCCGCCCGAUCUUACAUGGAUCAACCAAGACCUUGUCUCGUCCUACAAGAAGCAAGGCGCCGGCGACAAUCAUGACACAGCGCAAGUCCACCCAUAUCACUUCACGCACUGGAUGGCCAGGCUGGCCGAGAGACGGGGAGUAUGCAUUCGUCAGGGAGUCAUGGUAACAGAAAUCGACUAUGAUCACGGCAAGGGUGUGCAUGGUGUUGAGAUUCUCGAGCGCAAUUCGAACAGGCGGGAUACAUUGGGUGACGACGUUACCGACAUUAUGGUAGCUGCCGGCUCGUGGACAUCGACACUCCUCCCCAAGACAGAGAUUGGCGGCGUGCGGGCUCACAGCGUUGUCUGGGAAGUGGAUGUCACCCCACAUGCCGUCUUUACCAAUAUCAACUUACCGAGGGGCUAUAUCCCAAGCCAUCGGUUGAGCAGGGGUGAGGUUGUCAAAGCAUCCAAGAAGCUGGUCUCGUCUGAUCCAGAAGCAUACGCGAGGCCGUUCAAGGAGGUGUAUGCGUGUGGAGCUGUAGACCACGAAGUCGAACUUCCGCCUACGGCGGACCUUGUGAUGGUUGACGAGCGACACUGCGACGACAUAAUUACAUGGCUGGGUCUUGUCUCGCCUGUUCUCGCCGACGCGGCCGUCAAGCACAAGCAGGCAUGCUACAUGCCACUGCGCGAGGGCGGAGACGAGGAGCCUCUGUUUGGACGCACUCUGACGCCGGGACUCUGGCUCGCAGCCGGCCACAGCUGCUGGGGCAUCCAGAAUGCACCAGCCUGCGGGCUGCUGAUGGCUGAGAUGAUGAUGGACGGGAAGACAUCGAGCCUGGAUGAGAAGGCUAUCGCUGCGUAUGAUCCGCGGCGGCUUGGUGUUUAA